UGCACCGCCAGAUGCAGAUUGUGUAUCGUAUCACAGCAUAGGAUAUCUGGCAUACUCCGCCGCUGUCUGACCUCAUUCGCUUGAGAUACCUAACUAGUCACGUCACAUCUCUCGAUUCCUCAUUUCCUCACUCUCGUUUUACCCAGCCAUCUUACACUAUGGGCUACUAUUUACUCUAUACCCUGACUCUGUCCGUUCUGGUCUUUGGGACUGCGCUUUAUCUUACUCGGUCCCGAUGGAUGCCGCUGAUUCCAAUACCUGAUUAUCUAUACGACCGUCUGCCUGACAGCUUUACCGCUGAUAUUGAAGCUGGAUUUACAUCAACCGAUUUCGACCUAUCUGCCAACGUCGCGGAAGGCGACUCUAGAGCGGGGCUAGACCGGAAGGCGAAACGCGAGAUUCGAAGAUUGAUGAGGAGCAGGCGCGUCAAUUUCGACGAGGCUCGUCGGUUAUAUACAGAGCAGCGAUUUGCGAAGAACAACAUCGGACCCGAUGGUCGGCCCAGGGAUCCUAAAUUCGUCUCGUUCUCAUGAUUCGCGAACUUUAUGCACAAUGCAUCUCACAUAUGGCCUGUUCUGAGCAGACUGUAUCCGCGUGACACUGCAAUGAUAUGACCCAAAUACCCUUUGGCCUUGGAGACAGAGCGCCUGGGAUCCGGUGUCAUCCCUCUGACGGCUAAAGCCCUUGACCUGCGGAACUAUCAAAAAAAUCCCCAGUGCAUGACGCAUCUUUCCCUUUUUCUUAUCUUCCUUCUAAGUUCCCCUUAACAAACAAUUCAGUACCCAACGAUUC